CAACAUGUGGUGGUAAACGCUGCAACAAGCAACCACUAAAAACAGCAUCUCUCUCAAUGGCAUCUCUCUCUGUCCAAACGCUGCUCGUGCUGCUCGUCUUCGUAACGGCAUCGUAUUGCAUGAUCGAGGAAGCGAGUGCAAUAGAAGGACAGAGGGAAUUCGAUUACUUCGCCUUGUCUCUGCAAUGGCCUGGCACCUACUGCCGCCACACCCGCCAUUGCUGCUCCCAAAAUGCUUGUUGCCGAGGCGCAAAUGCUCCGACUGAAUUUACAAUCCAUGGUCUCUGGCCUGACUAUAAUGAUGGAACGUGGCCUGCGUGUUGUACUCGAUCCGAUUUCAAUGAAAAGGAGAUCUCCACAUUGCAUGAUGCUCUAGAGAAGUAUUGGCCAUCUCUUAGUUGUGGUUCACCAUCAUCUUGCCAUGGUACAAAAGGAUCCUUUUGGGCACAUGAGUGGGAGAAGCAUGGAACUUGCUCCUCUCCAGUUGUUCACGAUGAAUAUAGUUACUUUUCAACAACCCUCAAUGUCUACUUUAAAUAUAAUGUUACAAAAGUACUGAAUGAAGCAGGAUAUGUUCCUUCAAAUAGUGAGAAAUAUCCUCUUGGAGGCAUUGUAUCUGCUAUCGAGAAUGCUUUCCAUGCAACCCCACAACUGGUUUGCUCAAAGGGGGAUUUGGAGGAACUUCGUUUAUGCUUCUAUAAGGAUUUCAAGCCUCGGGACUGUGUAAUUCAAAAUGACAUGUACACUUCAAAGAGCUCAUGUCCGAAGUAUGUUAGCUUGCCAGCAUAUGUUUCAUUGGGGCUUGACGGAGCUGGAACAGAAGUCCCGUGGGUGCCUGAUAAUGAAGGUGAUGAGGCUCUUUGAGAUAUGUCGACAUUCGUGUUGUAUGUGAUUCACAACAUGAGAAACUGGUGUGAAAGUGAUUUACGUGUCAUUGUUUGAGUUGUGAACAAUUGCUGUUUAUUGUACCUGACGUGUAGAUUAAAAUAAAGUGUUGCUGAAAUCUGAUCCACUUAA